AUGGGACCUCGCGGCGCUGGACGCCGUCUGAACGACCAGGAGCGCAUGGAAAUCCUGGAGAUCAUCCAGCGCGAGGCCAAGGUUAAGAAUGUAGAUCUGGCCAAGCGCUAUGGUGUGUCGGAGGGUGCUAUCCGCAAGCUCAAACAGAUGAAGGACACUAUCCGCAAUCGCUACUACAUGGGCAAUGAACACAACCGCGACAAGCGCAAGCGCGGCGGCUUCAAGCGCAAUGCACCAUUCGAGGAGGAGUUGUAUCAGUGGAUUGUACGCAUGCGCGAGUCGCAGCCCUACCAGCUCAUGCCGCUCACCCAGACAGCCGUGCGCCAACAGGCCAUUAUCCUGUCUAAGAAUUACGAAAAGAUGGCCAACUUCAAGGCUUCACCCGGUUGGUUUGCACGAUUUUGCUCGCGGCACCGUCUGGACCCGAUCACAGCGUUUUUAAUGGACUCACUGACUGCUGCACCGUCGCAGGAGAUGGAGAUGGUGAAUGCUACGGAUACGAUAGCAACUGACGCGGAAGAGUCUAAGACCGGCACGGCGUCAAUCAAUGAGCAAGUCCAGCAGGCUGCUCGCGAGCAUAAUGAAGCCGCGCUGCGAGCUGCUGCAGCAAAAAUCGGUGAUGCCACUGCUGACGUUGCGGAGGACGAGAUCUUCAGCCUCGGACUGUAG